AUGCAGCCUCAGCACAAGCAGGAAUCUCAACAUUCCCCCGACCCGCCGGUUAUCCCUUCCUCGCUCGCAGCCAGCGCACUGCCUCGUCUCGCUGUUACUCCCGUCAACGACCCCUGUACUGCGGAGUACUUGCCUUUACGACCAUUCCAGCCUGGUAUGCCUCCUGAACCGGGAACACUUUGGCCAUUCGAUUUGAAGUUAUCGUACACGGCUUACCGCCGGGAACUUCACCAGGAGGGGCCUGUACGUGGUCUCCUGCCAAAGAUUCCGCCCUUGACGUUGGGUGACUAUCCCGACACUCACCUGAGUGUGCAGGAACCACUUGUCCUGCUCCCGCCUCUCUCCGCCAAUCCUGACAUUCAGGAUCUACUCUUCACCGACCCGGAAGAGUCUCCAGAAUCGCUUGCCUCACAAGAGGUGAUGGCGCUGUUCGACUACCACCCAGCCUCAGUCGAGGACUUCAAGAAGUUCGAUCUUCCACCGGAGCCAGCUGUAUACCGCAAUGGUGACGAGCACGAUUGCUGUGUGCGGUGCCGUUUCCAUCGCACACCCUUGCCAAGUUACCCAGGCGUAUGCCUCUCGCCACCUUUCGUUCGCGUGAAGAGUCUGUGGGCCGAGCUCUCUGGGCUGGUGGUUUGGCGGAGAGGUGAUUGCCUCUGUUGUCGAGAGGCAGGAGCGCUGUGCUCCAUAUCUUCCAUGAGCCGCCUCUCGUUCUUCUGCUCAACAUCGCCCAGCCCAGGGUCGGCCGUCCGCAAAGUCGAUCUCCCCUUGGAUGUGAUUCCCGGCCUCAUCAGUACUUUUACUGAACAGCACCAACGGAGGAAUCUCAAUAGCGGUGACCAGACGACCCACCAGCCGGCCUUGGAAGAGUUGAUCGGGGGCCCACGCAGCGCGAAGAUCGGCCCGGAAUGGUCAUCGUCGCCGCAAAGUGGACCCGGCUGGCUAGCAGAAGGCUUCUUUGAUCACGUCGGUUAUCCUCUACCUCAAGUCUCUAGAGCUCUUUGGCCCGACGGACUUCUGUCCGCGUUUGUCUUCCACGGUGCACCCACUGAGGUCUGGUACGAACGAACGGCUAAGGAGUGGGGCUACUACGUCUCGCCGAACCACAGUAUCACUUCGGUGAGGUCAGACGUUGAUCUGGAGACAGCUUGCUCCGAGAGCGCUCGGGCAGAGAUGAGCAAGAUGGCGAAGAAGCAGUCUGAACUGCUGGCGACGGUCCACAACGGUCUGGCGGAGAUCCUCAAGCCCUUUGGCAUUUCCUCACGGUUUGGUGUGCUGGAUCUGAAGGAUCCCUACUAUGCUUCACGCAUUGGACAGCCGGAUCGCAGAUCCAGGAGUGUUGUACCCAAGCCGUCUGGGCCAGUAUCUUCUUUGUUCACCCAACCCCCUAACUCCAUACAAGCCUCCCUCGACCAGUUGUCGAGCUGUCAACAUCUGCCAACACCUGACGUGGAACCAUCACAACACCAAGUCUCUUCCCUUCCAAGCUACCGUCUCCUCCCACAGCCUCAACUUCUCAUCUUUCGCCGCUUCCAGUACCACCGCCGCUCCGUCGGUCGCCCGCUCGCUCUUGACCGUCAGCCUGGACUCCAGCCCGUCAGCGCUGGCGCCGUCGCCUCUCGUUCGGCUUCAUCACCGCUUCUUCGUUUAUCCACCCCACCAUCUUCCCUUCCUCUCCCUGUCUUCACUCGCCUCAUUGCUGCCCCCGCCACCCAGUUCACCAGCCCCGUCACCUGCACACACCUGCCUCGCCACUUUCUACCCUCGUCGGCUUCAGACACUCCUCCUUCCCCAAUGGCUUCCCCGCCCGCGCCUGCCAUGCCGUCCUCGAAUGUACCUUCCUCGCCCCAAUCACCACACAUCCCCAGCGAAUCGAAACCCUGCAAGACGGAGUGCAUCAGCUGCGCCCUCGAAGCUGCGAACGCGUCAACCUUGCCCGUCCCUUCCUUAUCCUCCCCGCCCGCGCGCUUGACCCCGCGCCCAUUCCACCAUGACCUGCCUCCUGAAGCCAUGACGCUUUGGAGAUGGGAUCUGAAGAACGCGUUCCUGGGGAUGCACGUGCCUGGCGGUGAGCCGCCACUUCUCUGGGUCGAGUGUCUUGACGGGCACCUGAUGAACGAGAGCCUCAAUAAGUGGAAGACUGUUAUGGAGAAGAAGCCCUGGACUCCUUCCAGGCGGAGGGAGAUGUCACGUAUGGCGCUGAACCAGGCCCAGGAGAUCCUCUAUUACAAUGAGCGGCUGCAUGAGGGAGGGCCAGCUCGUGGUCUCCUGCCGACGAUUCGUCUGUUGUCGUUGGAGGACUACUCCGAUACCCGCCUCUGUGCGUCACAAGAUGGGCUUAUCGCGUCUUCCAAGGUCAUGCGCGAGUGCGGGUAUCGCAUCGUGCGCGAAUCAGAGAUCGAGGAUGUGACCUACUUUGCAUACACGAUUGCGAGGAAGAACGCUGAGAAUGACUUUUGCCAGUGCAUCGUCCAUCCCUUCAGUCGAGUGUCGUCCGAGUGGGCCGACUCGCACGGCGUCGCAAUUUGGCGCCAGGAGGUGGAAUGCUACUGCUUCCAUGGUGAACUGAACGACGAAAAUGCGUGGGAUGAGGGACCUACCAGGGAAGGGAUCGAGCUCUUCUGCACUUCUCGUUGCCUGGAGAGCGAGAAGCUCCCCUCAUCGAUGGUGCACCGUCUUCAAUGUUCUAUCUCUAUGGAGGCGACUUUGAGGACAGCAGCUCUAGGGAACGGUCCAGCGCUCCGUCUCGCGGCGGCAGUAUCGGGCGCCUUCCUGAGUGGCAUCUCAUUCGAUGGCCGCGGUGGCCUCGAGGGUGUCUUGCUCGACGGGAGCACCAAGCCACUCGAUCUCCACCUGUUCAAGCCCUCCCUCAACCGAUCGAAUUUGUCACUGCCCAGAGAAGUGUAUCUUCCUCCUCCCCGAUCUUUCCGCGGGCGGAACGGUUCGCUGCCAACCGAGGCCGCCACCUUUUGGCCAACCGACCUGCUUUCCGUGCUGGGCAUUCUCCCGGAAGCCGACAAUGCGGACUUCUGGUCUUCUGUUCUCCGGGAUGUCCUCCUCCACGAGGAGGAGAUCUGCUGUGGCUGGUGGGAGAGGGAGUGCGAGAGGUGGGAGUACUCAUGGUCGGCUGAAGUCGAAGCGGACAUGAGGCGGAUGGCUCGCGACCAGGCCACCUUCGUGAUGCAGGGUCUCUGCACCUUGCUCGCCCUUGGCAGCCUCAUCGGCUUCUACAACCGUCCCGGACCUCACAUCUUCUCCUCCUGGGCUGAGGACGGGUUGACUCCCAUCUCCUGGGGCUUCUGGGCCCCAGAAGAGGACUCGAAGUUUGGAGAAUUGCCGUACGAGCCUCACAUCCACCUGUACAGCGAGGCCUCGAGCGUUGCACCCCCGUCCGCCGUUACAGCCGCGCUACAGCUUCUGCGGCAGACCGAGCCGUCGAUGGAGAACCUCCCCGUGGCCGUAUUCUCGGUAUGGGGUGAGCAGCUGGAGGAUUGCCCGCCUCUGAGCUUCUUUCCGGACAUUCAACUUCUCGAGGACAAGCGGGAACACCAGCGCUCCCAUGACCGAAAGACGAAGAACAAGAAAGAGAAGAACAGGAAGGCGGCGGUGAAGGAUGAGCAGCCUGAGGCUCUCCCUGCUGUCUCCAAAGCAGCCGCACAGAAGGAUCAAACAACGAUGGAGGCCGCCGCGACAGAGGAACAGCCCGAGGCUUCUGACAACGGUCUCUUGAGUACGCUCGGAGACAAGACGGGCAGUGGCCGCGGAGUGGGUACCGCACGCCUAGACGUCGACGCGAUCCCCGACGCUGCCUCGCCACUGCGCAGUGCGGCCGAGCAUGCCAGCUCACAUGCGCGGCCUUCUUUCCUUUCCGAGGCGGAGUAG